AAUUACUCGUGUGGUCUAAGCGAUUGGAUUAUGAUAGUGUUCAUUUUAGAGUUAAUUUUGAUAGAUUUAUCCAGCCCUUGUAUGUGAUUGGUCAAAAGUUGAACUGGGAUGGCAACUAUCUCUGCUCUCCGUAAUUAUUGUGGGAUGUGAAGUAGAGUCCACUGUAAACACCAGUUGGAAACAGACUUUAAAAACGACCUAUUUUUUUCAAUUUGUCGAAGUUAAUGGAACAUUUAAAUGGAUACCUAUCUGUGAUUAAUGGACGCAUUUGAUUGUAUGCCUCGACUGAUUUCAGCUUUUCCAUUCCAUAGACCGAUCUACAGGCAUUCCGCGAUCAUUAUAGUUGUGUUCAAGAGCGGUCGGUGAAAUCGGCAACUAAUAAAUAAUGGAGACCGCGCAGACUUCUAUGAGAAUGGGUUGCCCGUUUUUAAUGAAGAGGCUGAUACGAGGUUAACUUCAUUUACUGUAAACGUCAGAGUUGGGGGAACAUUAAGUUGUCUUCACUCAGGAUGGGAGUCCUCAAGAUCAUGCUGCUCAUCUUUGAGUCUGUUCUGUUGUCUGACUGUGCAAGGGGUCCUCCGUGGGUGUCUGAGAGGGUGGCCCACAGACAGCCAGUGCGCCUGGGGAGUUCCAUCAAGCUACCAUGCUCUGUGGAGGGAGACCCUCCACCCCUCAUCAUGUGGACCAAGGACGGCCGCAACAUCCACAGCGGCUGGAUCCGCUUCCGCAUCCUCCGCUUGGGCCUGAAGAUCAAGGAGGUAGAGGCCGAGGAUGCUGGAACCUACGUCUGCAAAGCCACCAAUGGCUUCGGCAGCGUUAAUAUCAACUAUACCCUCAUUGUCAUCGAUUACUCUGGCGCUGAUAAGACUGGGCCAGGGGUCCCUGGUGGGGUGGACUCAGAGUAUGGCCCUGACGGCCUAUCAGGAAAACUAGUUCGUCCCCGUUUCACCCAGCCUGCUAAAAUGAGGAAGCGUGUGAUCGCCCGGCCCGUCGGGAGUUCUGUGCGGCUGAAGUGUACGGCCAGCGGUAACCCUCAGCCAGACAUCGUGUGGCUGAAGGACGACAGGCCACUGACGGAGAGUGAGGUGGGCGAGGGGCGCCAGAAGAAGUGGACCCUGAGCCUGAGGAACCUGACCCCGGAGAACAGCGGCAGGUACACCUGCAGGGUCUCCAACCAAGCCGGAGAGAUCAAUGCCACCUACAAAGUGGAGGUCAUACGUAAGUAUCAGAGAGUCACAGAGGUCAGAGUCAUAAAUGCACUUAACGAGCCAGUCCACCUGGAAAGAUCUGUGGAGUCCAACGAGGAGAGUCGGUACAACUCCACCAUUGAGGUGGGUGACCAUCACUUCGUGGUUCUGCCCACGGGAGAGGUGUGGUCACGCCCUGAUGGCUCCUACCUCAACAAGCUGCUCAUCACCCGUGCCAAGGAGGAGGACUCUGGCAUGUACAUCUGUCUGGGCGCCAACACCAUGGGCUACAGCUUCCGCAGCGCCUUCCUCACCGUUCUGCCAGACACCAAGCCACCUAUCACCCCGAUGUUCACCCCAGUCUCCAGCCCCCUCCCUUGGCCUGUCAUCAUUGGCAUCCCUGCUGGCAUGGUGUUCAUCUUUGGUACAGUGCUGCUGUGGUUCUGCCAGAGUAAAAAGCACUGUUCCCCAACCAGCACUGCAUCUGCCCAGGUCCUGCAGGCCUCCCACCGGCUGCCCUACCGGGAGAGGGACAGGAGCUUUGUGGCCCCUUCCUCCAGCCCAGAGAAGGACUGCCUGGGCUCCAUAAACUAUGAGGAGUAUCUGGCUCAGCAGCAGCUUCUCGUCACUCAAGGGGGCUCUGCUCUCCCCCCCAAAAUCUACCCCAAAAUCUACAAUGACAUCCACACUCACACACACUCCCACGUGGACGGGAAGGUGCACCAGCACAUUCACUUUCAGUGUUAGCCAUGUGCCAAAUGUUGUCCCCCUCUCUGCGCCUCUGAAGGAUUGCAUCGUAAAGCGAAGGUCUGAGCUUUGGACUGAACCUCAGAGAACAGCUCUCUGGUUAAACACAUCUGGGGUUGCUCUUUGAACUGUCACCUUGCCUGUGCUGGAUCUUGAUCUAACUGGACAUAACUGGGGCUUUAUAAUGAUCAUUCAGUACUGUACAACAGUGAAAUUAAGGUGAUGGUACAUGAGCAGUUUUAGAGGUUAGUGCAUAAAUGGCUGCCCUAGUGAUUUCUCAACUAAAAUAACAUCUUCCAAUGACAAUGUAUGGUUUUUACUGUACCUGCAAACCUGCCUGGUCCUUGGUGCUACUUUUUUUCAUAUCAAAACCACUGAACCCUGAUGUGCACUUAAAUCACCAAAAUAUUCUGCGUUAAAGGCAGCUAUUCAGACUUACUGAGAGUGCAUAUCCAUCAGUAAAUACAUAAAUAAUCCAUCAUUAACUUGUUUACCCAUAUCAACUAACCAACCAGGAUUAGGGUCAGUUUUGACCUUUUAUCUCUUAUGUUGGGUACAAGAUACAGUACUUUAGCUCUGCUAGGUGAUGUUGAAGGCGGUAUGGAAUACAAUACAAAAGGGCUGGUAUUACGCUCAUACUCAGGUAGCCCCUUUGAUUUUGGUAAAUGUUUCUUUAUUGUUCAAAUGCACAUUCAUUUAACCCAGACCACUAUUGAUGUGCCACCAAUAAUCCUGUUUUUCAAUCACAAAAAAGGCAAUAUGAAAAUACAUUGUUAGCAUUUAUUUGGUAUGUGAAUCAUGUCCAUAUCAAAGACUGCAAAUAGAAUAUUGUCCCAAUGUUGACUGGACUCGCUAAAUAUAAUUGCCAGAAUCCAAACGUUACCACCACUAGCCUUUUGUGUUUUGUAGAAUCCUUGCAAAUAUCUCGUGUUGCAUUGAAUACAUAGUCCGCAGUCUAAUUCAACCACAUUUUAGAUGUUAUGGAGAAAAUUUAUUUUUCAAAGUCAGGCAUUUUACAUGCAUUUUGAUUUUUUAAUAAGGUUCUGUAGUUGCAAUGUAAUAUGAAAGACAAUGCCAAUAAGGAUAAUCAUAGUUUAUGCAAGUACUUAUACACAAUUGGUUGUUUGACAAUCUUGUAUGAUAUACCCCCAUUAAAAAAAAGUUGAUUUGAUAAAAGGACAGGCACAGAUUA